UCAAAUUCAUAUAAAAAAUGAAAUUUAAUAAUCCUAAAAAGGAAAAUUGGAAAUAUUGAAAUAAUCUUGCUUUAGAUCUCAUGCAUAUUUGCUAUUUACUUAUUAAUUUUAUGUCUAGUGACAGCUAAUUUUAAAAUUUUAAUUUAAAAUCGAGCCGGCUGUUUAUGUGUUCGUAUUAUCGAUAUAUACACAUAAAUAGAAAUUAUUAAUUAUUUUCUCCUCAGUUAUACUGAGCGUGACUGCAGGGGACAGCCAUGGCGGACAUUCGGAGCAGUGAGGGGGAGGAGAAGUGCGAGGGAGGAUUGAUGAGAGCUCCGCUCUUAGCGGGAGAGAGGAUAGGGGCGAACGGCGAUGAAGAGCUUGCGGUGAAGAAGAGCAGUAAGGAGGAGAGAUGCAUGGUGUAUCUCAGUACUUUUAUCGCAGUUUGUGGUUCUUACGCCUUUGGAUCCUGCGCAGGAUAUUCGUCGCCUACGCAGGCUGCUAUCGUAAGAGAUGUGAACUUAUCCUUAGCGGAGUACUCGUUGUUUGGCUCCAUACUGACUUUUGGAGCUAUGAUUGGUGCAAUCACAAGUGGUAAAAUUGCAGAUAACACGGGUCGCAAAGGGGCAAUGAUAGUGUCGAGUGGAUUCUGCACAGCUGGUUGGUUAUCCAUUUACUUUGCCCAGGGUGCAUUGCUUCUGGACAUUGGAAGAUUAGCAACAGGAUAUGGAAUGGGAGUCUUUUCUUAUGUGGUUCCAGUAUUCAUAGCUGAAAUUGCUCCAAAAGAUUUACGAGGAUCUUUGACAACCAUAAACCAGCUUAUGAUUUGUGCUGCCGUAUCGGUAUCCUUCGUAAUAGGGACACUGCUAAGUUGGAGGGCUUUGGCACUAAUUGGCAUUGUCCCUUGUGCUGUUCUACUGUUAGGUAUGUUAAUCAUUCCAGAGUCCCCCAGAUGGCUGGCAAAACAAGGAAAACAGAAGGAGUUUGAAGCUUCCUUGAGGAGGCUAAGAGGUAAAGACGCUGACAUAUCGGCAGAGGCAGAUGAAAUUCAAGAUUAUAUAGAAACUCUGGAAAGGCUACCGAAAGCCAAACUUUUUGAUUUGAUUCAAAGGCAAUAUAUACGAUCUGUCACGAUAGGAGUUGGGCUGAUGGUCUGUCAACAAUUUGGAGGAAUAAAUGGCAUCUGUUUCUACACCAGCAGCAUCUUUGAAUCUGCAGGUUUCCCAGCUGAUAUUGGAACUAUUACAUACGCGAUUCUUCAGGUCAUAAUCACCGCAGUCGGCGCUUAUUUCAUUGACAGGGCAGGAAGAAAACCUCUUUUAGUGAUUUCUGGAACAGGACUAGUCCUAGGUUGUCUGCUGGCGGGCAGCUCAUUCUAUCUGAAGGAGCAUGAGAUAGCACUCGGUGCAGUUCCGGGGCUUGCUGUAGCUGGCAUAUUGGUUUACAUAGGAGCUUUCUCUGUUGGGAUGGGUGCAGUUCCAUGGGUAGUGAUGUCUGAGAUAUUUCCAAUAAACAUCAAAGGAAUUGCCGGAAGCCUUGCGACAUUAGUGAACUGGUUCGGCGCUUGGGCUUGUUCUUUCACCUUCAAUUUUCUCAUGAGCUGGAGCUCCUACGGGACUUUCCUUCUAUACGCAGCAGUGAAUGCCAUUGCCAUUGUGUUUGUGAUCAAGGUAGUGCCUGAAACCAAAGGAAGGAGUCUGGAACAGAUACAGGCAUCAAUAAACGUUCAUGGCAGAAAUUAAGGCACUUUUCUUGGUAGACAUUUUCUUUUCAUCAUAUUUGUUUCAAAUUCAUGGCAAUGAUUCUGAAUGAAUAAGUUGAACAUUUAUUCACGUUUCUAUUUGUUGUUCCAUCGCUUCCCUAAAGAACAAGAUGAUUUUCAUUCUUAUUACAGACUAAAUUAUGUUCUUCUAGAA